CCGGAAGGGAAGUAACGUCAGUCCUUUCGCUGAGCGGCCGUGCUUGCGUUGCCUGUGAAGGUGUCUGUCUGGCAUCAUGUCGUACCUGCAGAUGAAACUCCUGCGCAAGAAGAUCGAGAAACGGAACCUCAAAUUGCGGCAGCGAAACCUAAAGCUACAGGUAGGAGCAUCAGAUGUCAGCCUUUCAGAAACUCAGAAUGGAAAUAUGCUGGAAGAAACAGUGAAAGUUGGAAAAGUUAAAAAAAUUAAAAAAAAUUCUGUGAAUGUGGGCUUGUCAGAAGUACAAAAUGGAGAUGUGUCUGAAAACACAGUAGAAAAUGGAAAAGUUAAAAAAUCUCCCCAGAAAUCUACUAUAUUAACCAAUGGAGAAACAACAACACAGUCUCCUAAUUCUGAAUCAAAAAAGAAAAAGAAGAAAAAGAGGAAAAUGGUGAAUGAUGCUGAGCCUGAUACUAAGAAAGCAAAAAUUGAAGAAGGCACCAAGGCUUCUGAAGAAACAGAAGACAGUGUGGAAAAGCCAGGCAAUGAGGAAGAGGACAGUGAAGUGCCCAGCCUGCCCCUGGGACUGACAGGUGCUUUUGAGGAUACUUCAUUUGCUUCUCUAACUAAUCUUGUCAAUGAAAACACUCUGAAGGCAAUAAAAGAAAUGGGCUUCACAAACAUGACUGAGAUUCAACAUAAAAGUAUUAGACCACUUCUGGAAGGCAGGGAUCUUCUAGCAGCUGCAAAAACAGGCAGUGGCAAAACUCUUGCAUUCCUCAUCCCUGCUAUUGAACUCAUUGUCAAGUUAAAGUUCAUGCCCAGGAAUGGAACAGGAGUCCUUAUUCUUUCACCUACUAGAGAACUGGCCAUGCAGACUUUUGGUGUUCUUAAGGAGCUGAUGACUCACCACGUUCACACGUAUGGGUUGAUCAUGGGGGGCAGUAACAGAUCUGCUGAAGCACAGAAACUUGGUAAUGGGAUCAACAUUAUUGUGGCUACUCCAGGCCGUCUCCUGGACCAUAUGCAGAACACUCCGGGGUUUAUGUAUAAAAACCUGCAGUGUCUCGUCAUUGAUGAGGCUGAUCGUAUCUUGGAUGUUGGGUUUGAAGAGGAAUUAAAGCAAAUUAUUAAACUUUUACCAACACGCAGACAGACCAUGCUGUUUUCUGCCACACAAACUCGAAAAAUUGAAGACUUGGCCAGGAUUUCUCUGAAAAAAGAGCCAUUGUAUGUUGGUGUUGAUGAUGAUAAAGCUAAUGCCACGGUGGAUGGUCUUGAGCAGGGAUAUGUUGUCUGUCCCUCUGAAAAGAGAUUCCUUCUGCUCUUCACAUUCCUCAAGAAGAACCGAAAGAAGAAAGUGAUGGUUUUCUUUUCAUCCUGUAAAUCUGUGAAAUACCAUUAUGAGUUGCUAAACUACAUUGAUUUGCCUGUCUUGGCCAUUCAUGGAAAGCAGAAGCAAAACAAGCGUACAACCACAUUCUUCCAGUUCUGCAAUGCAGAUUCAGGGAUACUGUUGUGUACAGAUGUGGCAGCGAGAGGGCUGGACAUCCCUGAAGUCGACUGGAUUGUUCAGUAUGACCCUCCAGAUGACCCCAAGGAAUAUAUUCAUCGUGUGGGUAGAACGGCCAGAGGCCUAAAUGGAAGAGGUCAUGCCUUGCUUAUUUUGCGCCCUGAAGAAUUGGGCUUCCUUCGUUACUUGAAGCAAUCCAAGGUUCCAUUAAAUGAAUUUGACUUUUCCUGGUCAAAAAUUUCUGACAUUCAGUCUCAGCUUGAAAAACUUAUUGAAAAGAACUACUUUCUUCAUAAGUCAGCCCAGGAAGCGUACAAGUCAUACAUACGAGCAUACGAUUCUCAUUCUCUGAAACAGAUCUUCAAUGUUAAUAACCUAAAUUUGCCUCAAGUUGCUCUGUCAUUCGGUUUCAAAGUGCCUCCUUUUGUUGAUCUGAAUGUGAAGAGCAAUGAAGGCAAGCUCAAGAAGAGAGGAGGUGGUGGGGGAUUUGGCUACCAGAAAACCAAGAAAGUUGAGAAGUCUAAAAUCUUUAAGCACAUUAGCAGAAAGCCUUCGGACAGCAGGCAGUUCUCUCACUGAAGACAGUUUCCUUCCACCUUGACCUACUGCCAUGAAACAACUCUUCCUUCCUUUUGCUACAAAAGAAUUUUUAUGUCCUUUAGAGUAUUUUCAGUCUUUACUAUGAUAAUACAAUAUUUUUUAAUUUCAAAUACUCCCCACCAAAAAAUUUAUCAUUGUUUUAAUAUAAUUAGUUUUGUGUCUUUCUGGUAUGAAGAAUUUUGUGGCAUGGGUUACUAUGCCAACUUGCCACAAAAAAUGAGUUAGUAUACUGGACAAGUGAAUGUGAUUCAUCUGUAAUGCAGAAAAUAAUCUGUUUGUUUUGGGGGAUGAUUUCUUGAGCCUCAUGGUAGUCUGGACCCCCCUGAAAAUGCACCAGGGUAAGAUGGUAGUGCUUUGGGAAAUAGCUCAGGUGCCCCUCAAAGUAAAGGCCUCACUUUUAAACCAAGUAGCUAUUCUCCGUUUGUUUUUGCUUUUUGUGGUUUUGUUUUGUUUUGUUUUAACAAAACAAGAAAUCACACUUACUUGUCACUGGCUUAUUUUGUUUUUUGAUAGUACUGGGGUUUGAACUCAGGGCCUUUCAUUUGCUAGGCAAGUGUUCUACCACUUGAGUUACUCUGCCAGCCCUUGUCACUGGUAUUUGAAUAGAGUGCCCCGGCAGUCGUAACAUUAUAGAAGGAGGAACAGGACUGGGACUGUUGGCCCUCAAUAUUGCUGAGCAGUGUGGGUGUGAUAUUCUGUUUUCUGUUUGGUAACAUAGCCGGGACCUUUUAAAAAAUACUAAUGAAGAACGGUACUCAUUUAGAUACUGCGAAGUGGUUUGGAUUUGUGUAGCCCUUCCAGCUCUGCAGUGUUAAGAGAUAAGACCAUUACCAGUACUCUUAAGGCCAACUAAUGACAGUGUUCAGGGGAUAUCCUUAGUUUCUUUGUGAGAGAUGACCUCUCUCAGAUCCGUGAAACAAAAAUACAUUUGCAGUGACAUUUGAAAAUGAAUAAAGGGACUGAGUGUGGUCCCGCCCAGCUCAUACCCGUAAUCCCAGCUACUCAAGAGACAGAAGGAUAAGUAGGAGGGUUGGGUCCAGGAUGGCCUGGACUAAAAAACUAAAUAACUAAAUAAAAAGGGGUUGGGGGCAUGGCUCACAUGUUAGAAUGCCCUCCUGAGGUUCUGAGUUCAAACCUCUGUAUCACCAAAAAGAAAAUGAAUAGGUCAGAAAAAAAUAGCUGUUAGUGAUUUGGUCAAAUGGGUUUUUUGUUGUAGGAGCACUUGAUUUCUACUGUGUCUCCUGUAUAUAAGUACAAAAUAGUUACAUUUUAUAGCAAUUCAUAACCAAAGUUGCUAGCAUUUUGUGGCUGUGCCAGUUAAUAUACAAAGUCUCAUUACAGGUAGUCACACAUAGAACAUCAGAUGUAGAGGAAACAAUUGGAUGAAAGGCAUUUCAGUGGGAAAAGAAAAGAGCUGUGUUUUACCUCUAGGUUUGACUGCUGUCGCCUUGGCUAGACAUGGGUUUCAGAUCUUGACUGCAGGUACCUACCUUGACCUCUUGGAUUCCUAACAUGUAGCAUAUGACUCUUCAGAACCAUUUGUCUCAUAAACAACUGUGUUUCAGAAAAUACACAAAAGCAAAGGGAAGAAUGUUUAAUCACUGAACAGAAGGAACUGUUGACAUUUAACAUGCCAAGUUUUAUAUGUAUGUGUAUACUUUUAAAUUUUUUAUCAAAAACAAAGCCAUCUUCUACCUACUACUUUAACCACCUUAUUUCAUAACACUUUUUGUGUAACCAUUAAGUAAUUAUCCUACAUUUUUAUGAUUCUGUUGUGUUCAUCUUUGCUUUUGGCCUACAGGAUUUAGGUCCUUAGACACCUGCUUGUCCUGUCUAGCUCUCCCAUUCUAGUGCCCCAAUGUGUCAUGGUGCACUAGACCAAGACUUGCUUUUGCUGACCCCAGUAUUUCAAAUUGCAGAUUUGUGAGAAAAAUAUGCCUGUAUAAACUGAAGGUGGAAAGAUUGGUCCUUACUGUAAUAACAUGUCUCAGGCCAUUUUAAGUAGUUGCUGGGCACUUUGUCCUAUCUAUAGCAGGAUGAUCAAGGCGAGGAAUUCUAGACACCCAGACUUGCUCAGCCCUGCCAGGAAGCAGGGUCAUGGUAGCAGCACAGCAAGGCUCAUUUACUCAGGGCACUAUGUCUUCCUGUGCUAAGAGCACGGCUGCUGGUUGUAGAUGUGGGUAGUUGGCAAGUGGGAUUAAGUGGCUUCAUCCUUGAAUCCUAGAAGGCAGCAUGGGUGGGGAGGGAGCCUAGCACAUCCCAACACGCAAUAGAAGCUUUAGGUUCUGUGGUCUGUAAGUGAGGAUUAAUCAUUACUGUUAUCUAAUUUCUUUUUUAGUCUUAGCCAGUUUAGUGUAAAUCUGUAUUCAUGAUAACUGAAACAGGAUCUUGUUUAUCCAUAAAUUGCAUAACAGUUGAUGUGUGUGCCUAGAACUGCCAUUCCUUGAUCAGUGUCCAGCUAUACCACUUACCAGCUUCUGUCAGCCUGGCUUCUGAGUGAAAAUAACGAUGCCAACUUCAUAAGAUGGCAAGAAUCAAAUAAGCUAACAAAGUGCUUAGGGUCGCACUUGGCACGGUGUUCUGUACAUGUUAGAUGUCUAAGCAUCCUAUAUCCUGAGCAAGUUUGGGCCUCUAGAUACAGAUGAGAUUUCUGAUGGUCUGGAUCUCUUUUUUUUUUAAAACUGGGCAAUGAAACCAGGGCCUUCCACUUGCUAGGCAGGUACCCUACUUCUGCAGUUUUGUUUUUGUAGUGAAAGUGAUAGUAAAGUUUAUUAGGAAAGGAAUGCACUUUCAACAAAUUGGAAGUGGGUCAUCUCUGCAGAGAGAAUAAGAAUGGCUUCCAGUCCCUUUUGUGUUGGUUAUUUUUGAGCUAGGAUCUCACUUUGUGCCCCAGGCCAACCUGGACCACAGUUCUCUUAUUUGUG